CUCUUCCUUGGCCUCCCACAGCUGAUGAUCUGGUCAUGUCCUUGGAUGACCUCCUCCCAUCUAAUCUCAUGAGGUUCCUGACCCUUAUGAUUUCUGGUGAUGCUGACUUGGAGAAGAGUGAGAAGACAAGACGCCUUGUGCUGUCUAUAAGUCAGGACAUCUGCCGUGCUGUGACAAAGGGAGAGUGGAAGUUGCCUAAGCAUAUCCUCCUGUGUACCACUAUACGUCACCUUUACCGCAGUAAACUACUAACUACUAUUCUCAGUAGGCUAGGUCACUGUGAAACUUAUGACUUUGGCUUGGAACUUGAGACUGCUCUAACCAAGGCCCUCAAUGAGGUUUCCAUCUCUCUCGGUCCACAAAUUAUUACUGGAGAGGGAAACUAUGUGUUUCAUCUAGAGUGGGACAAUCUGAACAAAAUAACGACAAACAUUCAUGGCUCAAAUGUGGUGAACUGGACCGGUGGGAUCAUGAUACAGGAGGUGAAACCUGGAUUUGAUGCCCCCAACCCUCUGGAAAUUCAACGAAUGCUCCCACUCUAUGAGCGGAAUAAGACACGCUCUCUUAAGGUAGACAUACCUGAGACCCUAAACACGGUCCAUAUCUAUAGCCCUGCAGAGACAACCUGGUCCCACACAUAAACCGUGUCAACCACCGUCUGGCCAUAUACAAGAAAGCAGCCACACCGAUAUUCUGGUGUCCCAAGCCCCAUGAUCCAGGCCAAGGUUGGGAAAAGACUGAAGAGAGUACCCUGGAACCAGUGUGGUCUUGUGGACCUAUCCUCCCCACUUCACUCACUGACUUGCUGGAGGAAACAGUUGAGGAGAUGGAUGGAGAUGGUGAAGACGACGAGGAGCAAGAGAUUGAUUAUGAAGACCUGCUGUAUGAGGAAUAGACAUCAUUGCCCUUGACCUUUUGACCUUUGAUUAGAAUCACUUUUUUCUAUUUCAGUUUAUUCUAAUGGGGAUUUGUUAAACCCAUUUGUUAUAUACACAUAUUUGACUGUA